AUGGAAAAAAGAGGCUGGUAGAAAACAUUUCAUGCAAUCCCAUAUUUUCCCCUAGCUGGAAGGACGCUGCCACAAGCGCGACGUUCCUCAUACUUUCUUCUCUUUGUUGGGUUUUCCGUGCCACUGUUAAUGUGAUCGAAUAUCAUCGCGGCAGAGCUCCUGAGUUACCACGGUGUGACGUAGCGUCGUUCGCUUAGGUUGCAUGAUAUGUUCAAUGUCAUCAUAUGUGACACAGAAUCUGUGACCGCCCGUCCUUUUGGAAACUUGAAGCGUGCCAGUUACUCUGGGCCAUCUCCCAAACACUUCCGUGGACAGGCAUCCAUCUAAUAUGCCAACAAAUUAAGCCGUUUGCGAUAUUGCACUUGCAAAAUGUGUCAUUCCUGCUAUUCCAGUGGCGCCCAUGCUCUCAGUAUUCGCCACUAUGUCAUCGUUUCCUGCGUAGCUCUCCUGCUGGCUUUCGCUUGCCCUGCAGGCGCUUCGGGAGUCGCCUCGACUCCUGAUCAAGUCGCAGUCAAGGAGGCUGAAGAGGCCCCCACGACUCUUCCCGCAGUUGAUCCAACCGAAGAUCACGCUGCGGAUUCAAGUAUCGACGCUUCCAAGAGGGCGAGAAGCGAAAGGAGCAAGAGGCAGUCAUCGGGCAUUCCCCAGAGACAGAGAAGUAGCGUCGCGGCACCCCGUACAUCGGUUGUGGAACAACUGGAGAAGUCAACGCGCCCCCGAUCCAAGAAGGGGAAGCCUUUGCAAUACGCCUUGCUCGCGUUGGAGCUCUCUAUAUACGCAUUCGUCGUCUAUUUCACGUACACUCAGCUGGACUGCCACUUCAAUAAAAAAUGUAGGCUGCGUAGCGUACGGCGGCUGGUGGCAUCGAGUAGCUCACAGUAG